AUGCAAUUCUCCACCACCAUCUUCGCUGGCCUCCUGGCCGCUGCCGCCAACGCAGCUCCAGCUCCUGUUGUCGGCGCAGCUGUCCAGGCCAGACAGAACUCCCAAGACUUCUGCGGCGCCUCCCCAUUCUACGACCGCUACGACGAGCGCACCCAGCUCGGCUGGAACCUUCCAAAGGUGUCCGACUGCCAGAGACUCGCCGAAAACGUUGCCAACGAUGGCAACAAGUGGGAGGUCACCAGCUCUCCAACCAACAUCGUAUCAUCUGGAACUUGCACUUUCCGCGUCUCUCUGGGCUCCGCAAGCAACGAGAAGGUCUACAUUGGCAACAAGGAUGUCGCUGACAUCAUCCUUACUUCGAUCUCGCGAUACACUCACGGCGAAUUUGUUUCCACCCAAGGAUACAGGAAGGCUAAGCUCGAUGCUCAAAACACCAUGCAGUGUGGCAACAAUGGACUCGAGACUGAUCGUGAGGCCUCUGUCAACUGGGACAUCCUCAACUUCCUUUAG